AUGGGGAAUCCUGCUGCGGUGUCCAUCGCUACUCAAAAACCUAACACCAUCUCCGUGCAAGGCUUCAAGAUCACUACAGAGAAGCAGCCGAUACUAAAAGCUGAGCCGAUUGAAGACAUGACAAAAAGGCUAGGAAUUGCGCCGCCAGAAAUGAUCUUCGGUGAUAACUUUGUCACAAUUCAGCAUGAGAAAAGCCGCUGGGGAAUCAAUUUCAACGCCUAUGAUGCCUUGGAUCGCGUGGACAAAACUGGCGCAUCGAUGCUCAAAGUCGCUUAUUCGAAAGAGUGGCAGAGAAGCAGAGAAAAGACACAUGAGGGCAUCAAGGAGGUUGUAAAGCCCUUUGACUGGUCCUACACCACAGACUAUACUGGCACCGUUCAGGCUAAUGGUCGGUCAUUUGAACCAACGACAAGAUCCAUCCCCUUAGAAUUAUUAAAACGACCGGAUCCCAUACUCUUUUUUGAUGAGGUCAUAUUGUACGAAGACGAACUUGCUGAUAACGGCAUCACUAUGUUAUCCUGUAAAAUUCGCGUUAUGCCAGCCAGGCUACUGUUACUAUCGAGAUUCUUCCUACGACUCGACAAUGUUCUGUUUCGGCUUAGGGAUACAAGGGUAUAUAUCGACUUCGAGAACUUGGAGGUGAUCAGAGAGUUCCAGUCCAAGGAAUUAGACUAUGAGACAGUUCGACAGACUCUAGCGACAACGAGAGAUGACGUUCCUGCCGUUAUGCGUGACCCUAAUAGGCUUUCGGAGAUUCUUCCUCUUCGCGAAAAGCGUUUAGAACGAGUCAUUCUAGGAGAUUAG